AUGAGCCACGGAUACCCACACCAGGGGAUGCAGAAACUCACGGGUGCAAGGGAAACUCACGAGUACAAGCAGUUAAAUAUAUUUUGUCCCCUGAAUGUUGAUUGGUCGGUCUGUCUCUAUUCUCUUGCAGGGCUAUUGGACCAGAAACCCCUGUACUGCUUCAAUCUGACCUCCAUGCAGGAUUCAGAAUUGGUCCUCACUGCCACGUUCCACUUCUACUCCGAGAAGCGCCCCCGGCACCGGGAAGUGUUCUGCAAACGCUCCAAGAACUCGUCCUGCCGCCUCCUCCACUUGCCCCCGGCCCCGCGGUUCCGUCUCGUGUUCCGGAGCAUCCUCCAGAAUGCCGCCUACGGGCUGGUGAAAGGCAACGUCACGGUGUUCCUCCACAGGCGGGGGGCGUGGCAGACGAAGGACAUCUCCCCCAUCAUCAAGGAGUCUAAACGGGAGGGCGAGUUCGUUCUCUGUGCGGAGCUCGAAUCUGGAGAGAAAUACCAGGACUUCCCCAAACUGCUCCCCAACCAUUUACCGUACAUACUGGUUUACGCUAAUGACCUGGCCAUAGCAGAACCCAACAGUGUGGCCGUGACUCUACAGCGGUAUGACCCAUUCCCUUCCACCGACGGAGAUCACAGCCUGUCCUCCAAUGCGUCCACAGAUGCCCGGGUGAGGAGGGACAUAUUUCUUUCCAGCUCUCUCCAGAACAACGAGCUGCCGGAGGUGGAAUAUAACAACCACAAAUACAGCAAACAUGACCUGUGGGGAAGUGCCUACAAGUCCCUACACCCCAAAACCUCCCGCAAGGACCGGAGGAGGAAAGGGCAAGAAAACACAGAGACGCUCACAAAAUCGCAGGUGCUAAAUUUUGAUGAGAAAACCAUGAAGAAAGCCAGGCGAAAACAAUGGCACGAGCCCAGGGUGUGCUCCAGGAGGUACAUGAAAGUGGACUUUGCCGACAUUGGCUGGAAUGAAUGGAUCAUAUCUCCCAAGUCGUUCGAUGCAUAUUACUGUGCCGGGGCUUGCGAGUUUCCGAUGCCCAAGAUUGUCCGGCCAUCGAAUCAUGCCACAAUUCAGAGCAUCGUAAAAGCUGUGGGAAUCAUUCCAGGCAUUCCCGAACCCUGCUGCGUUCCGGACAAGAUGAACUCGCUCAGCGUCCUGUUCUUUGAUGAGAACAAAAAUGUCGUUUUAAAGAUCUACCCCAAUAUGUCUGUGGAGACUUGCUCCUGUCGAUAAGUCUACGCCAGUGUUCCUUUAAAGAGACCAGUGCCCCCAGCUUUACUACAGUUGUGAAUGGGAAAUGAACUGGCCUGUGUUUAUGAAUGAAUGCAAGUCUACAAUUCCAUCCACAGAAAGCAUGCGGAGACUAUAAAGUAACACACAAGCUCCCCUGGAAAGAUCUCCCUUCAUGUCAUCGUGUGUCUUGCAAAUUAACAGGAGUCAUCUGCCAGAAAUCCCCUACUUUAAAAAAAAAAAGCAAACCCCAAACCUCUUCUUAACCUGGCUAGCUAAGAAAUCUGGUAUUUAGUGUAAUCACUUCUACUUAAACAGAGCUUGCCAGGACCCAGGGACUAAAAUACAUCCUUAUGUGCUGUUUUCCUGGCUGUUUUAUCCCUUCAGCAAACCAAGGAGAAAAAUGGAUUUUGCAAAGGCAAACGUACUCUAGAAUCACAUUUUAUGGACAAAAAUUGUAAGGUUUUGUUAAUGGUUAUUUUUUUCCCUAAAACACUCACUUAUACCUUUUAAUCCACGUAUUUAUAUUGAAAAAGAAUUCUGUAAUAAGGGCUUAAUAUGUAUAUUUUUCUUUGGGAUUCAGAUGUAGUGUGUUAUAUAAGCUCUUAUAUAUACACAAUAUGUUAAUAUAACCACUUUUGGUUCCCUUUCCCUAAUAUAUAUUUUACAAAAGACAUAUGUAACUCCUUCCCACAGUCACUUGUUUGCUGGUUAAUUUCAGAUUGCUAAACAUAUUAUAUAUAUAUAUAUAUAUAUUCUCUGAAUAACACAAACUAUAUAGUAAUAUGUUUAAAUACUAAAAAUAACCAAGAUUUAUAUUUUUGUAAGUUAUACUUUAUAUCCUCUAGAUUCAUUGUUAAAUGCUUUUAACAAAAGCUAAUACAUUAAAGGUACAGGAGUAUCUAAAAUAGUGAAAAUGGCUCUCUAAAUCCCAUGCAUAUUUCAUGUCGAUCAAAAUCGAUUAUUGCAUUGUGUCAGUUAGAAAGAAAUCAGAGCUAUCUGACUUGGAAAACCCUCAUUAUGUUUGUUGGAGUAAUUUUUAUAUAUUAAGCUAGACAGGACCGUGAGGAUAUUCUCUUCUGGCUUCCUGCAUAAUGCAGUCCAGCAAAGCUGACUAGAAAUUUCUGCAGCAAACACAUAACUUCUGUUUGGCACUAGAGCAGGUCUUUGAAAGGGUUGCUAAUCGUGAUUUCAAAUCUUCCAGUGAUGAAGACUCUAUCC